AUGAAAAACAUUUUUACAUAAGUGGGUCAAGAACUUAUGAAGAGUGUUGCUUAAAGUCAAAUUUCAAUGACUUUGGAUUUUAUCAUCUGCAGUGAUAAAAUCUCCAUGAAUGGUAACAUUUAAAAGAUUCAGAAAAUUCAGAGUUCAGUUCUCGUGAUCUUUGGGACCAGAAACCACACCCAACCUUCGCUGGUGCACAAAAGCUUGUUCUGACACAGAAAACUGGAAACCUCUUCUGAUGUUAAUGAUGCUGCACUGCUAACUUCCAUAGACACUAACACUAACCGGACACACAAGCACACAAUUUAGGAAAAAUGCUGCCAAUUUUAAAUAAAAGAAAAUAGCAAAGCAAAAGCUCCAGGCUUAAUUUUAAAGUUUUUCCAAAUAAACGCAUCCACUUUAUUAUGUGCACUAAUGUAUUAUAGAAAAUGGAAAUCAGAUGUAAAUAAUGACAUUUUGUCCGGUGAGUUAAAAUACUUUCUUGUUCCUCCUGGUUUUUCUGCUGUAUCAAGUCAAAAAUAAAAAACGAGGAACAGCUGAAAUCAUUUUGUACAUUUUGCCACCAGGUGUCUUCCUCUCUCGUUUUACACAACUUAAAAUUAGGAACGUUUGCACCAAGACCCCCCCUCCUGUUUAGAAUAACUUCCACACACACACACAAACACACAAUAAUCACCUCCCUCCCACCUUCAAAGGUGGCUGAGUUGGUGUGUGAAGACAGCUGAAAUUUAGUCUAUGAGGAGCUUCGCCUGACUUCAUCAUGGGUUUUUCUCUCUACCUCCUGACUCUGCAUCUUCUCCUUUCCCGCUGCACAGCUAACUGGUGUUAUCAAAACCAGAAUGCCUGUGAUGAUCCAUGCAGAGACCCCAACCACUGGGCUACUCAAUUCCCAAAAUGUGGAGGGUUACGCCAGUCACCGAUUAACAUCGUGACCAGCAAAGUCCACAUCGACAUCGCCCUGUCACCUUUCAACUUCAUUGGCCACACCGACACAAUCAACAUGACAGUGGAAAACAAAGGGCACUCUGCCCACUUUGCUUUGCCGCCGUCUGUUCGAUUCAUUGGGGGAGCUCUGCCAGGUCACUACAGAGCCGCCCAAUUUCACCUCCACUGGGGAGGGAAUGGGAGACCAGGAUCAGAGCACACCAUUGAUGGAGAGAGAUUCCCCAUGGAGAUGCACAUAGUCCACAUUAAGGAGCCGUACAGCUCUCUGGCGGAGGCCGAACAUGACACAGCAGGUAUAGCUCUGCUCGCCUUCCUGUUUGAGGAAACAGCGGAUGAUCAUCCUCAUUUGGACACAGUAAUAGAUGCGCUGGGCCGCGUACAAAACAACGGCAGCACCACAGUGAUCCCAAACUUUAGACUCGGUGACAUUAUCCCAGCUGCAAAGGACCUACAAGGUUACUACCGCUACGUGGGCUCCAUGACAACGCCGGGAUGUGAGCAGGCAGUUGCCUGGACAGUGUUUCACAGGAAGCUGGCCAUCAGUAGUCGACAGCUGGAUGCGAUAGUUAAGCAGUGUCGCUUUUGGACAGGGCAUCCCAUGACUGACAUUUUCCGACCUACGCAGCCGCUGGAUGGCAGGAUUGUGUACUCCUCAAAGUCGGGUACAGCUCAGACAACUGCGACACAUUUUUGGUGUCUGUUUUUAUCAUUUGUGACUGUUACGCUGGGUCUGGCACACUGAAUGCGCAGCAAGAAAUGGGCAUAGUCUUCAAGUCUGAACAGCGAAGCCAACGCACAAAGUCUUAAAUCUGCAUUUUUUCUUAUGGCCAGCAGGGAGUGACUUCUCAAAGUCUGAUUGUAUAUAUACAGUUCUGUGAAAAAGUAUUUGCCCUUUAUAACCCCUUCCUUGGGUUAUAACUUCAGUAAACAUUUUCUUGAUGAAUCUUAGUCACAUGAUAAAGCAUGAUGUAUCGUUAGUAAGUAAUGGUCCCUUUUUGAGUUCAGCAGAAGUACAUAGAGCUAGAUACACACAGCUCAGCCUUCCUCUGCAGAUCAGAGGGUAUGCAAAAAUUAGAGAUGCAAAGAAAUGUUUUUAUUAAAAAUGCCACUGCUACCCUUAAAAGGGGCAGUUGUUUUGCAUUAACUAUUGGUAAUGUAUUCAUACUUAAUCAUUUUUUAAGAUGAUCCAUUUUUCCUGACAAAUUACCAUCAAUUAAAGUUGAUCACAUCAGCAGCAAUGCCCACAUUUAGGUACAUGACUGCCAGGCAGUGCCUCGUACAACCCUAUUAGAUAGUUUUCUCCUAGCACCACCAUCAGCAGUGUCAAACUUAUUUCCUUAGAGAUUAUUAAAGUGUUCUGAUUCUGAAGAUACUGGAUUGUUUGUCCUUAAAUCUGUACAGAUUCACAUAUUGUACUGAGCAGAAUGAUAACAACAGCCUUUAGAGGAACUGGUCUCAGUCGCCAAACUAAUUCGGUAGUGGUGUGAAAAUGAUCCAGGCAAGUUUUGACUAAAAUGUGAGUGCACUCGGCUCCUGUAGCCUGAUGUCCCAGCUAUGGUGGAGCAUGCAAAGAAUGGCAGCUUCCACAGUAAUACUAGUAAAACAGCUAACUGGGCGUGUUUCAUAAAUGCAAACAUAUAUGUGCUAUUUAAGAAGACCUUCUUCCUAUAUUUACUUUCUUCCUCCCCACCUUAGACAUAUCU